CGACCUUACCGUCAAAACCCCGGGAUGCCAUGGGUACUCCUCGGUGGCCGCUGCUAGAAACCGAGCCGCUAGAGGGUCGCGGCAGGGCGGAUCAGCAGGCUCCGGGCUGCCGCCACGCUCUCAAUGGUGCCCGAAGGGGGCGGGGUGCAGGCCACACUUGCUUUGGUGGAAGAGCUGCGGAGAUGAGUGCGGCACGGCCUGCGUCAUCAGGCUGCGCCCGUCGGUGCCCUAGUUUGGAGCGGGAAGUGGUGCGACUGCAGUCGCUUUUUGAUGAGUUCAUAGGCUGUGGAAGCAGCACCUGAGUGGCAUCUGACCCUUGAAGGCUGCUACUUGUCCUCUCACCCGCGUUCUCUUGCUGACCGAAGGUUCGGGGGAUUUAUUGGCCACGUGUGCACAUUCUGCGAACAAGUGAGUGGGCCCACGAAGGCUAUUGAAUUGGCUGUCAAUAAUGGGAAGAACCUACAUUGUAGAAGAGACUGUUGGCCAGUAUAUUUCAAACAUCAAUCUCCAGGGAAAACCUUUUGUCUCUGGUCUUUUAAUAGGACAGUGUUCUUCACAAAAGGAUUAUGUGAUUCUUGCCACUAGAACACCACCCAAAGAGGAACAGAACGAGAACAUCAAGCAUCCCAAAGCUAACUCGGAUACUUUGGAUGAAGAAUGGGCCACAGAACAUGCCAGCCAGGUAUCCAGAAUGCUCCCUGGAGGACUUGUGGUUCUUGGAAUAUUUAUUAUUACAACAUUAGAACUAGCAGAUGAUUUUCAAAAUGCCCUGCGCAGACUAAUAUUUUCUGUGGAAAAAUCUAUUAAUAGAAAAAGACUAUGGACUGUCACAGAGGAAGAGGUCUCAGAACGAGUGAUACUUCACAUAUGUUCUUCUACAAAAAAGUUAUCUUGUCGAACUUACGAUGUCCAUGAUCCAAAGAGUUCAGCAAGACCUGCCGAUUGGAAGUAUCAAAACAGAGUGUUGACCUCCUGGCUGUCUCUAGAGUGUACUGUUCACGUUAAUAUUCACAUCCCACUGUCGGCUACUUCUGUCAGUUACACUCUGGAAAAAAAUACAAAGAGUGGACUUACACGCUGGGCCAAGCAAAUAGAAAAUGGUGUUUAUUUGAUUAAUGGACAAGUUAAAGAUGAAAAUUGUGACCUAUUAGAAGGACAGAAAAAAUCCAGAGGAAAUCCUCAAGCAACUGCUCAUUCUUUUGAUGUUCGAGUGCUAACACAGUUGUCCCUGAAUUCAGACCACAGAUCCACAGCCACAGUCCAAAUCUGCAGUGGUUCUGUAAACCUUCGGGGUGAUGUGAAAUGCAGAGCUUAUAUCCACAGCAACAGACCCAAAGUUAAAGAUGCAGUGCAGGCAGUGAAGAGAGAUAUUUUGAACACGGUUGCUGAUCGCUGUGAAAUACUUUUUGAGGAUCUAAUUUUGAAUGAAAUUCCAGAAAAAAAAAAUUAUGAACUUCCUCAGCGAGUUUUUGUUCCCCUUCCUGGAUCCGCUAUAAUGUUAUGUGAUUAUAAAUUCGGUGAUGAAUCAGCUGAAGAAAUUAGAGACCAUUUUUCAGAAAUGUUCGAUCAUGAGAUUCAAAUAGAAGACUUGGAAAUUGCAGAGGAAGUAAACACAGCUUGUAUAACUUCCUCUGUGAAGAGCGAAGCGUCACCAACCAACACAAGUGAUGAACAACCAGAGCCACCAAGUAAAACUACAGUUGGAUUGAAGAUUAAGCAAAACAUAGGUGCCAUUGCAGCACUAGCAGUUGCAGUCCUUGCGGCCGGCAUCUCCUUUCAUUACUUCAGUGAUUAGGGUGAGGCACAGUGAGCUUGCCGAUCACCCAGAAAACAUUGAACAACAGCUAUGAAAAAUAAAGAUGUAAAUGUCCCAGCUGCAUCUAAUCUCUGCUACAAUAAUGUCUAUUAGGUGUGUUUCUGACUUACAUGACAUCACCAGCUGCCUUGUUUACCCUGCUUUUGUUAUCUGGCCCGGGUUUCCAAAAGUAAACUAUACACCUAAAUGGAGUUGCAUGUAACACAUCACUAUUAUGUAUUUUCAGAAGAGUCAAACUGUGAGCUAUUUUAGAUUUUAGUCCUAUUGAAUGGCGUCACACAUUGAUCAAAAUAUUGAAACUUUGAGCAGUCAGUAGCAAACAUAGUUGAUAUAUCAUCAGGAGUUGUCUGGCAAGUCCUCCUAGAGGACUUGUCUAAUAUGCACUCAGUUGUAAUAUUUUAUUGACAUGGUUUAAACUGGAGACCAGGAAUACUAUUUUGAGCAUACAAAUGGACUGUGGUUUCCUGAAUGCCAGGUGUCAGUAGCAGCACGGCAGUAUGCUGCUUGCUUCAAACAAAAAACAGAGAUAUGUAAAUUGAAGAUGCUAUCCGAGGCAGGGAUAGUUAAUGUUCAGUAGCUCUUACCCUGUAGUUCUGGGUAGCUCCUGGCAGAAACAAACUAGAAGCACUCCUAAUUUAGGCCCAAGACUCCCAUAAAUUAUGAUCAAGAAGUAUUUUUUCAUGAUUGUAAGUCAUGAGGUACAAGGUGCACUGAGACAGCAGGAGAAAUAAACUAGGAAACAAAAAUAAGCAUUGAAGUCAGUUCUCCCAAGUUCACAACAACAAUGUAGAAAACGAAGGACAGAGCCAAAGAUGCAGAUGAGAGCUGGGUAGCCCUCCUUAGCCUGAGGACUGCAUUCUUUAAACGAAGAGGGCAGCCUGCAGGCUGGUUAAUGGUAGAAGACUGAAGACAUUAGUGAAGCUGAGGUAGAGCAGCAGGAGGGAGGGGUGAUGGUCUAGGAGAACCAGGAGGGGAGAAUGGAAGAGAGGCAGCACUCGGGCUGACAGGUUCUCCACACAUUAGCAAGACAUUUAUAAAUUCAAGAAACACAUUAAAAAUAAAAUAAAAUCCAUGAUUUGGUCCAAAUAGUGAACCACAAGACACAAAGCAAGGUUGUAAAAAAGCCAAAGGGAUAUAAAGGUCCUCAGCUAAGGCAAGUCAGUCACGUGCAGAGUAGACCCCGGGAAGCAGCAGUGUUCCCAGGAAAGUGGCAAAAUACCUUAGAAUUGUGAGUGCAGCUGUAAAAGUUGGUACAAAGCAAAGCUCAGAAACAACAGAUCUUCAUUAAAGAAACUGAAAAAAGAUGGUCUUCAAUGAAGAAAAUUACUCCAAAAGCAAGAUCUGAAAUGAAGUGUUAGAGAACAAAGUGAUCAAUAUUGUAAAUUUAAAGUGUUGUUUGUAUAAAGCAAUCAGUGAAGUAUUUACAGAAAUUGUAAACAAAUGUAAAAGUGAAUAAAUAUUAUUAUGCAACAUUAAUGUGGAAUUUUCAAAUAAGGUUAUAACUGGGAAAAUCUGGCUUAGAGGAUAGGAGGAGGGUGCUCUGAGGGUCUGGGGCUAGGGUUCAGGAAGCAGGCCAAGUCAAUGUUUAAAUUAGAUUAUUGCAGUACAUGGCUAACUUUUAAGGGCACCUUCUCAAAAAAGAGAGAGGUGGUGAAACAGCCUAAUGAGAAAGAGAUUCGGAAGGAACACACUAGAAAUAAAGGAAGAGAUUAGAGGGGGACAAAUAUGGGAAGCAACAAUAGAGCGCAUGUUUCAUAGAUAAAGGCCCUGGACUGCUUCCUCUCUGUGAAACAAAGACAAGUGAGACCCUGGCUCAAGAAAGAAAGAAAGAAAGAAAGAAAGAAAGAAAGAAAGAAAGAAGGA